CAGCACGUUUAAUGUUUGUUUGUUUUUAUUGUUCUUGAGCUACGAAAUUCCCGUUUGUACAGCAAAAUACUGCAACAAAUUCAUCAUGUUCAAUAGACAUAACUGUGCACUUAUAUCUAAAGUACGUACGACCAGAAGCUGUGCUUUCCUAAAACAGUGUAGUAAAAAUAAACUUACCACUCCAGCAAACGUGUUAUACUGUUUUACAAAGCGCAACUACACCGAUGAGGUCGAUUUGGCCAAACUUGCUGCGGAGAGGUUUGGAAGUGGAGAAGCCACAAUAUUUAGUAAAAUCAUUGACAAAACAAUUCCUGCUAAUAUUGUGUAUGAGGACGAUCAGUGUUUAGCCUUUCAUGAUGUCAACCCACAAGCUCCAGUUCAUGUUCUUGUCAUUCCUAAGUUUCCGAUUCCACAACUGAGCAAAUCGACAGAUCAAGAUAAACAACUACUCGGACAUUUACUAAGCACUGCACGAGACGUGGCUGAGUUGUUAAAGUUGGAAAAAGGAUAUAGAGUUGUGAUAAAUGAUGGGGUGGAUGGCGCACAAUCGGUUUAUCAUUUGCACAUUCACAUACUUGGUGGAUGUCAGAUGCAAUGGCCACCUGGUUGAGUGAUGGACCUGCUUGAAUUAAUUCUUGCAACCAAUGCUGUCGGCUUGACAUAUAAUUAUACAACAAACCUAUCAUGAAUGAAAGGUUUUCAUUUAAUAAAAUCUUAAAUAUGAGCUCGUCUAAGUUGAAAU